AUGGAUGCUUCAGACCUGGGCGAGUCCGAGGAAGGCGACGCUGCGGAUCGUCAGGGGACGGCCGUCGUCGCGGAGGAGGACGGAGGACCGUUGGGUCGACAGAUGUUCAAGACAGAGCCGACACCAGAGAUGCCAACGGUCCAAGAGUUGAUUGCCACCCAUUUGCUGUGCGAAAGGCUUUGUGAAAGAGCAGAUGGCGGUGACUUCUACACCUAUGAGGGCAGUUCCACCUCUCCAGAUUGCCAUGAGCUGAACAAGUGGUUGAUCAUGGUCUUCAGUUAUGUUUCCCUGGGGCAUGUGGGUGCUCCAGCUGAGGCCUCGGUUGGCCCACAGAAGCUGAUCCUGCUAUUGCUGCCUGCCUUCUCCUGUGGGACACCGCGUACGGCCACACCUCCACGUGCCAUUGGGCACCGAGUAUGGCAACAGGCGCCGGCGCUCCAGGAUGCAGAGAAAAGGCCCAGCACAGAGAACUGCACCUGGCGCAAUUUCACUCAGCGCAUUGACCACUUCGGUGCGACGGAAGGCACCUUCCCCCAGAGGCUUUGCAUCUACGACCACUGGUGGCGAAGAGCUGCCAGUGGCGAAGAGCUGCCCAGACACAAGACCUCUCCAGGUCCCAUUUUCUUCUACACCGGCAACGAGUCACCGGUGGGCGUCUAUGUGAAUCAGACGGGCUUGAUGUGGGAGCUGGCCCCCUCCUUUGGUGCGUUGAUCGUGUUCGCUGAGCAUCGUUGUGAGCCCUCCUCGGUGUGGAAGAUGUGUGGCCAGCAAGCGGUUGAGGACUGUGUGGGUUACUGUACCAGCGCUCAAGCUCUGGCCGACUACGCGGCCAUCAUCGCCGAGCUCCAAGCAACCAGUGGCGGACCGCGAGCCCCGGUGGUAGCCUUUGGGGGCAGCUAUGGAGGGAUGUUGGCCGGAUGGAUGCGAAUGAAGAUGCCGGAGGUCAUCGAUGGCGCCAUUGCUGCAUCCGCACCGAUUUGGCAGCUGGCAACCACAGUGACGCGCGAAAGCCUUGAUUGGCCAUACCAGGCCAUUACGAGGGGCGUGUCCUCCUUUGGCGGCGCUUCGGAGCGAUGCGUUGAGAACCUCCGCGUGGCGUGGCCACUGAUCGAAGGGGGCUUGAGCUCGACGUUGGGCUUGAGUUUGCUGUCGAAGCGAGUGCACAGCUGUGAGCCGCUGCAGGAGGUGAAGCAAUUCACUGCCUGGGCUCAAGAGACCUAUUUCUUAUUGGCGGAAGGCAAUUAUCCAUUCCCCUCGAGUUACAUCCCCACAGCUGUGGGUGAAGGCGGCACCAUGCCGGCCUGGCCCAUGCGUGUGGCCUGCGAGCCACUCAGCCGGGACUUUGGAUUCCGCGUUGAAAGCGGUGAGCUGGAGAAGGUGCACUACACCAUCCGCAUGGGAGAUCUCAAGGUGACCGUGCAUUGGGAUCAGCUGCACAGCAACGGCGCCCAACUCAACGAGAAACAGCUGCAUGCGUCAGGCAUUCUGGAACUGGCAGCAGCACUGGCAGACUCCGUAGCAGUUUGGUACAAUGUGAGCAAGACGAAGACUUGCUGGGACAUCCCUGCGGAGCCCUCCUCACCAGCCGCGGCUGAAGGCACUGACGAUCAGAGCUUACUGCAGAGCAUGAAGGACCGGGGACCACACAGCAGCGAUUUCCUUGAAACACCGUGUGCCUCCUGCCCGCCCUGCGCGGAGUGCGGUGGCUGUCCGGUCAGCCGAUGCUCUUCGCAGAAGACUUCAUGCAACUACACAGGCACGCUGCCGAAGACGUUUGCUUGGACGAGUAUUGUUUGCAAUGAGGAUCUGUCGCAGGUGUCGGCCAGGGGCCUGGGCCAUGACUUCUAUUGGCCUCCUUGGCCUCCGGCGAUUCAGAGGAACUACACCGUUGCGAGUGUGGUGGGGCCUAAAGGCCUUCAACCAGGCACGACCAAGGCCUUCGUGGUGCCCCCCAUGACAACAGACCUUUGGAGCACCUGGCUCACGGCCUACUACGGCGACCGUGCCAAUGCCUCGCAGCACCGAAACAUCGUUUGGAGCAACGGGGCUUUGGAUCCCUGGUCCGGCAUGGGGGUCUAUCCGCCGUCCGGCGGGCCCACCGGUCCCAUGGUGCAGGAGAUGAAUGUGGAUGGAUCUACCAUUGCCCUGGUCCUCGAUCUGGGUGCUCAUCACUUAGAUUUAAUGUUCUCCGAUCCUGCGGAUCCCCCGUGCGCGCACGCCGCACGAGAGAUUGAGAGACAACGCAUCCGCCAGUGGUGCGAGGAGGCUUACCAGGCCCAGGACGACAAAGUCUACGCCUAA